GCAAUGAGUUCUCUUUGUCUAAGUUGCAGGUCAUACAUCUUAGAACCUCGCUUGCAGGCAAUUGUGAGCAAACUACUUCAACUCAUCAAGAGUCCAAGUCCUGAGGUGCAUGCCGAGUCCUUAAACGCUCUAGCAUCGGUUGCAAUAACAUCAAAGGAUCUCUUCUCUACAUACUAUGAUUCGGUCAUCACUUCCCUAAAAAAACUGCUAGAUGAUGCGACAAGUAAAUCGGUGCAAAACAAUACUGUUAAGUUGCAUUUGGACAAUGCUGUUGAGUGCAUUUGGACAGUUGCAAUAGCUGUUGGAAAGGAUAUAUUCAAGAAAGAUGCUGCAGAGGUCAUGGUCCUUCUCUUGUCUGUGCGGUUGAGUUUAGGAGAGGAUAAUCACAGUGCGAAACUUACCCUUCUACGAGCAUGGGAUCAGCUUCUUCAAUGUCUCGGAUCAGAUUUUUAUCCAUAUAUGGAAGAUCUUAUACCUGAUUUGCUCCGCUCUGCUAGACUUGGCUCGGAUAGUGGCACAGAACGUGUUAUUCUGACGGAGAAACUUAGGGCAUGUGAACUUUUACUUCGCUUAGCUAGACAGUUCAAAGGGAUGUUCUCUCCAUGGAUCGAUCAGGUUUCUGAAACACUGAUACCACUUGUGACAUUUCAUGAUGAAGAUAUCCGAAAAAUAGCUGUUUCAGCCAUGCCAAGGCUAUUGCUUUCAGCAAAACUUGCUAUUGAGACGAAAGAAGCACCUGGCCUUACAAAUUCCCAUUCGCAUAAACUAGUGGUCCAAAUUGUACCAUCUCUGCUGGAGGCUCUGGAUGAGGAAACUGAUGGUAAAAAUUGCGCAAAGAUAUUGCGAUCAUUAACCAAAUGCAUCGAGAUUGCUGGAGCAUUUCUUAGCAAAGAGCAGAUUCAGUUGACAGCUACUGGGAUAGAGCAGGUUCUCGAAGCAACAUCAGAAAGCCAUUUUUCAAAAGAGGAAACUGUGACUGAGCUGGAAAAGGAGAUCAUUAAAGAGGUCCGUAGGCACCAUGACCUCUGAAUACUUCUGAUCGAUUGCCUGUUGGUCUGUUAAGCCUUUUUUGGUACAGGUCGUAAACUACUUCCGCAUAUUGAUCAAGAUAUACAAAGAAUGCUCCUCGACUGUAGUCAAAAAAUUUAUGGAAUGUAUAAAAGCUAUGAUGGUAGAUGAUGUGACAGAUAAAGAGAAGCAAAUUGGGCUUUUAACCUUCAAUGAAUUCUCUCUGGAAUGUCCAGAAGUUGCUAUUAGGUUCAAACAGAACAACGGAUGACGGAAUUCAAGAAUCUUGUAUCAUGUUCCUUUCCUCAUUCUCCCUUGAGCUUUGGCAACACCUGCAUCAAAAGCUGUUGUGCCAUAUCUUAUCGCGUAAUCUUGUACAUUCAACAAAGCAAUAUAUUGUUGAACUAUCACGUCUAGCUACUUUGUAUAUAUAGGUGAAACUGUCUGGACAGCUAACACAUUACUUUCCAGUUGAGAACUUGUAAGAAUGGUUUUGGAAAAUCUGGCCGUUACAUAUCAUGCACUGCAAUGAACUGAUACUGUGUACAUUUCCAUGUGAAU